AUGCCAAGGACACCAAAAGAUAUGGAUUCCCUUGUGAUUCAUUUGACAAAUAUGACCGAAGUCACUGUGUUUAUCCUGACUGGUUUCACAGAUGAUCGUGACCUGCAAGGCUUCCUAUUUUUCCUAUUUCUGGCAAUCUAUCUUUUCACUCUAAUAGGAAAUUUGGGUCUGGUAGUAUUGGUCAUCGGUGAUAUCCGGCUCCACAAACCCAUGUACUAUUUUCUCAGCGUGUUAUCAUUCUUGGAUGCCUGCUAUUCGACUGUUGUCACCCCCAAAAUGCUGCUCAGCUUUCUGACAAAGGAGGAAACCAUUUCCUUUCUUGGAUGUGCAACACAGAUGCUUCUCUUUGUUACCUUUGGGACCACAGAAUGCUUUCUCUUGGCAGCAAUGGCUUAUGACCGCUACAUAGCCAUCUACAAACCACUCCUGUAUUCUGCGACUAUGUCGCCCAGAGUGUAUGUUCCUCUGAUUAUUGCUUCCUACAUUGGUGGCAUUUUACAUGCCACAGUACACACUGUGGCCACAUUUAGCCUGUCCUUCUGUGGAUCCAAUGAAAUUAGGCACGUUUUCUGUGACAUCCCUCCUCUCCUCGCUAUCUCCUGUUCUGACACUCGCACAAACCAGCUUCUACUAUUCUACCUGGUGGGUGCCAUUGAGGUGGUCACUCUCCUGAUUGUCCUGAUUUCCUAUGGCUUCAUCCUGCUGGCCAUUCUGAGGAUGCAUUCUGCCACGGGAAGGCGAAAAGUGUUCUCCACCUGUGGCUCCCACCUAACCGGAGUGUCCAUUUAUCACGGGACGAUCCUCUUCAUGUACGUGAGACCAAAUCCCAGCCACGGCUUGGAGCAUGACAUGGUGGUGUCCCUAUUCUACACUAUUGUCAUUCCCAUGCUGAAUCCCAUCAUCUAUAGUCUGAGGAACACAGAUGUCAAACAGGCGAUGAGAAAAUUCACUGAGAGAAAUUGGUUUGUGACUAAAGUGAAUUUUUAG